AUGGUGACGAAGCGGUUCCUCCUGCCUCCUCCUCCUCAAGAAGCGAAGGAACAGAGCGCCAAAGGACAUCCAAGAAAAGACGCGACGGUGAACGCAGACACGGAACAAAAGAGGAUAGGGAGUCCAGGAAAUGGCAUCACUUCGCAGAGUCUUCCCAACGUUGAUUUUGGCAGCUGUCCUCAGCCAAAUUCUCACUGCAACAGCCCGCCUUUGGUGUUUGCUAUGGAAUGCAAGGAGACAACCUGCCUAGUCUGGCUGAGUGUGGAAGCUGCCAAGUCAUGGAUCGAUGCUCAUGUUGAGUGCUACCAAGGUGUAAACAUCAAGUACAUAGUCGCAGAAUUUACAAAGUGCCCUCAGCGGCUCCAGUUUCUCAUCUGUGGUGAUGACCGUGGUGGUCUCGGGGCUGUCCUUGGAGCUUCUUACCCACCCUCAAGUGGCGCAUUCACCGACAAUGCGAAGGGCACUUUGUCCGGCAUCCUGCAGUUUCUGUCUGACAACCAUGCCCCUUUGUUGAUCAAUGUGUACCCUUACUUUGUCUAUGCUGCAGACCCCACCAACAUAAGAUUGGACCAUGUGCAGUUCGCUGCGCUGGGGCCAGUGGUCCGCGAUGGGGACCUAAGCUAUUGGAACUUGCUUGAUGCGAUGGUGGAUGCUUAUUACACGGCAAUGGAGAGAGAGGAUUUCCCUACUGUGGGCAUGAAGAUCUCCCAGUCCAGGUGGCCUUCUGCUGGAAAUCGGAAUUUCACAACUCCACAGCUCGCACUGACUUACAACCAAAAUUUCAUGAAGAACAUCAAAGCAGGGACAGGGACGCCAAAGAGACCAGAUCGCCACUUGGUAACGUAUUCGUGA